AUGGCAACCACUGUGAUGUGCACAUCCAAGAGCACCAACAUGGACCAAAACAAGAUGGUGUUUAGCUUUGGUCCAGAGACUAAGCUCCCAUUCGAUACUACCACUGCUGCCUUUGCUCAUUUCUCUCUUUCCAACCCAUCCUUGAUCGCGAUCCACGAUCUCUCUGCUGGCGUUCCACGACAGCUUACCUAUGGUGAGCUUGCCGUGAAGGCACAGGCCCUGGCCAGGCAUCUCCGCAGCAUCGGUGUAACGCCGGGUCAGAGGAUCCCUCUGGUGGUGAAGCGCAGCUGUGAGAUGAUUGUCGGGCUAUGGGCCAUUUUGCUCUGCGGUGCCCAAUACGUCCCGCUGGAUGGCGGGGUAGUGCCAGACUCUACCCUCCGCCACGUGCUCCACGAGAGCGGUGGCAAUGUCUUGGUGUGCACUUCCACCACGGAAGCGAGAAUCAGAAGCCUAUUCCCGGAUGCGAACGCUGUGAAUGUGGACGAGUGUGUGCGCAGCGAGGCAACCGAAGCAGCUGGCUGUGAGUGGUUUGACCUGGCUACUCCUGCUAGCGGAUGCUAUGUCAUAUACACAUCAGGAACUACUGGAAAGCCCAAAGGUGUUGAUGUAUCGCAUCAUAACGUGGCAAACCUUGUAUGCCAGUACCCCGGAAACCUUGGUGUAAGUCCAGGCACCAGAGUUGGACAAGUCCUCAAUAUCAGCUUCGACAUGGCUGCUUGGGAGAUCUUUACCUGUCUCUGCAAUGGCGGCACCCUCGUCAUCCGAGGAUCCAACUGGGAGCCCACCAUGGGCCAGAUUGAUGUUUUAAUUUGCACACCAAGCAUAUUGUCAAAAUAUCCGCCCCACCAAUACCCAAACAUCAGAGUCGCGGCAACUGCGGGUGAGCCGACCACACAACCCUUGGCUGACCUCUGGGCCACCAAAGCAGAGUACUGGAACUGCUGCGGUCCGACCGAGACAACGAUUGUCAAUACUAUGAGCAAGCAUGUUGCUGGGCAGCCGCUCAAUAUAGGAAGGCCGACUCCCAACAACAAUGUUUAUAUUCUGGACGACAAUAUGCAGCCUGUCGGGUCGGGGCAAACUGGCGUCAUGUGGGCUGGUGGGAGCGGUGUGUCGCGCGGCUAUGUCGGGUUGGAGCAGAAAACUAAAGAGUCGUACCUACUGGACCCCUUUACGAAUGACGGGUCGCGAAUGUAUCGAACAGGCGACCUCGGCCAGUGGGAUCCUUCUGGUAACAUCCUAAUUCUGGGUCGCUGCGACGACCAAAUCAAAAUCAAGGGAUUCCGAGUCGAACUUGAUGGCAUCUCAUCGGCGCUUCUGGCGGCGCCUGGGGUUUCGCAGGCCGUGGCCCUCUUCCUGGACGGACAGAUCCACGCAUUCGUGUCUCCUCCAAAUCAAGACGAGGAGCGCAUCUUUGCCUGCGUCGCCGAGCGCCAACCCUACUACGCAAUCCCCUCUGCCAUCCAUCAGCUUACAUCGUUCCCCGUGACGGCGAACGGAAAGACGGACAAAAAGGCCCUUCGAAGCCUGUAUGAAAACGAACUGGCUAAGCCGCCGCCACUGGAAAAGGUCAAGAGCGACUGUGACACUCUGGUAGAGACGCGAUCGCUCUCCUCGGGAUCCACAGCCUUUUCUGAAAAGGCCGACCUGGAUCUGGAGCUUGCAGUUCCUGAAAAGAAACUGCCCCAGCCAUUGCGCGGGCUUGCGUACCGUAUCCUCAUCAUCUAUCGCACACUUUUCUCCUUUGUGGUUCUCAUCAACGCGGGUGUCCUCGCGCUGCUGCUCGCCCUACACGCCGAUUUACAAUUCCUCAAGAUUGUGGCCUCUGCCAAUCUGACGCUGGCCGUCUUGAUUCGCCAAGAUGCUGUCAUCAAUGUCCUCUACACCAUAUGCUGCUCAGUGCCGAAAGCCGCGCCGCUCUGGAUCAGACGCCGCUGUGCCAAGAUUUACCACCUGGGCGGCGUGCACUCGGCAGCUGGCAUCUGCUCGACCAUCUGGCUGCUUGGUAGCAACAUCUCUUCAACGAUUUCCUACCUCCGAGACCAAGAUACUCUGGAUUCAAUUGCCUCGAUUGUUGUAUCGUGGAUGAUAUGUCUGUUGUGCUGCACCAUGAUUGGCUUUGCCUAUCCUACUUUCCGCAAGCGAUACCACAAUACUUUUGAGCAAUCGCACAGAUUCAUGGGCUGGACAGUCCUCCUGCUCUUCUGGGUAAAGACUGUUCUCAAUGCCAAGGAUACCGCACGAUCGGGCGGACAGGAUAUUGGUACGAUACUUGUUCGCAGCCCGGGCUUUUGGUUGCUAGUCGUUGCCACCUGCAGCAUCGCAUCUUCCUGGCUGUUUCUUCGCAAGGUUCCUGUUGAAACUAUACCCCUGUCUGACCAUGCGGCUAUUCUGAACUUCAAAUACACCGUGCCAGUCAAUGGCAGCUUUACUCGGAUUUCUACCCGCCCACUACUGGAGUGGCACUCUUUCGCGACUAUUCCUCAGCCAAAGCCCAAUGCACUGUGCAGUGAGAAAGGUUACUCUUUGGUCGUGUCCAACGCUGGCGACUGGACAAAAUCCUGUAUCCAAAAUGCGCCCCGACAUGUCUGGGUGCGUGGGCUGCCUACGUGCGGCGUCAUGCGCAUCGCUACGCUCUUCAAUCGCGUCGUCGUUAUCGCGACGGGGUCGGGCAUCGGGCCGCUCCUUGGUCACAUUCAGAACCCAUCCUGCAAGACACAGCUUAUCUGGUCCACCAAGAACCCCGAAAAGACUUUUGGGAAACCACUCUUGAAUUCGAUUCACGAGACUAUUCCUGAUGCCAUCAUUCACGACACGGCCACCCAAGGCCGGCCAGAUCUGACCAAGAUGGGAUAUAACCUGGCGCUCUCGUUUGGCGCAGAGGCCGUCAUUAUUAUCGCAAACGAGAAAAUUACCAAAAAGGUAGUUUACGGACUCGAAACACGAGGAAUACCUGCAUAUGGAGCUAUUUGGGACAGCUAA